AGGCGGGUCUUAGCUCCAAUCUUAACAAAAUGGCGACUGUUGUUGUUUUGCCGCAGGGUCGGUGAAUAAAUCCGUUAGACGCUUUGGAUCAUUUCUACAUUAUUUUGUGGAAAGGGUGCAGAAAAAAGCCAGUUUCCACAAAGAGUUUACUCUCCGUGGGCUGCAAUGAAGGGAAAGGAGCGGUCGCCGAUUAAAAAACGGUCCCGGGCCUUGGACGACAUUCGAGAGAGGGGAGGAUGCCACCCGACCAGCAAGAAAAUGGGGGCUCUGUCCGUCUCCAGUGGGAGUAAUAAUGGAAACAGUUCGUCCAAAAGCGACAGCGGCUCGACGAGACGGAGCUUGUUGGGUGAGAAAAGGGACAGAGACUUUGAGAGUCACAGUCGGACUGGAAAUAAUCACAGCUGUCAGUCUGCGGCGUCCAGCUCCGUCGGUAAAAACCACAGCCUGAGCCUGUCGCUGGACCUAGCCUCCCCGCGAGCCUCCUCGCGCGCGGAGCCGCGUGUUCCGCCGCCCAGCACCGAGAGUGAGUACAAAACACUCAAAAUCAGCGACCUUGGGACUCAGCUGAGCGAGGAGGACAUCGAAGACGGGCUUUUUCACGAAUUCAAAAAGUUCGGCGACGUGAGCGUCAAAAUUAGCCGCAGCAACGACGAGCGGAUCGCGUUUGUUAACUUCAGGAAGCCGGAGGACGCCAGGGCUGCUAAGCACGCCAGGGGCCGGCUCGUGCUCUACGACCGGCCGCUGAAGAUCGAGGCCGUGUACACGACCCGGAGGAGGAGCCGCUCCCCCGUGGAGAGGGACCUGUACAGCGCAGCACAGAGUCACAGACACUUGCAGAGACCCCUCUCGCCCACCGCCCUGGGCUACAGAGACUACCGGCUGCAGCAGCUGGCUUUGGGACGGCUCCCCCCUCCCCCGCCGCCCCCUCUGCCCAGAGAACUGGACCGGGACAGAGAGUUUGCCCUGUUUGAAGCCAGGGCACGUCCAGCUUUCCUGGCGGAGCGAGCAGCUUUUCGUGAAGAGGAUUUAAUAUCUCCAGAGGAUGACCAAAGAGCAAACAGGACUUUGUUUUUAGGCAACUUGGACAUCACUAUAGCAGAAGCAGACCUGAGGCGGGCUUUCGACAGGUUCGGGGUCAUUACAGAGGUGGACAUCAAAAGACCAUCGCGAGGACAGACCAGCACAUAUGGAUUUCUUAAGUUUGAGAACCUUGACAUGGCUCACCGUGCUAAGCUCAGCAUGUCUGGAAAAAUAGUGGGCCGCAACCCUAUUAAAAUCGGCUAUGGAAAAGCAACGCCCACAACCCGCUUGUGGGUCGGUGGACUUGGACCGUGGGUUCCUUUAGCCGCCCUGGCCAGAGAAUUUGAUCGCUUUGGCACCAUAAGGACCAUUGACUACAGAAAAGGUGACACUUGGGCCUACAUCCAGUAUGAAAGCUUAGAUGCUGCGCAAGCUGCUUGGACACACAUGAGAGGCUUCCCGCUGGGAGGCCCAGAGAGGAGACUUCGGGUGGAUUUUGCAGACACUGAGCACCGUUACCAGCAGCAGUUCUUGCAGCCUCUCCCUAUUCCACCGUUUGACAUGGUGGCUGACUCGUUUGUUCACCGCGCCACGCCUGAACCUCUGAGAGUCAGAGAUCGGACUCCACCUCCACUUCACUUCAGGGACAGAGAGCUCUUUCCAGCAACGGAGUGGCCCAAUCCAGCCCUUCGUGAGCGGGUGCGGGCAUCCCCAUUCGAGCCUCUGGAACAUUUGGAACGCGAGCGGAGAACUCGAGAGCCUUGGUCUUUGGAGCGGGAGCUGCAAGGACGAGAACCAGGGCGUAAGAGGCGCUUAUUGGAGGACGGGCGCCACCUAGAUCACUCUCCUGACAGCACUGAGAGGACAGUAAGGCGGAGGCGUUCUUCUCCUGAUGGCAGUCCUGGAGGCAGCAGCAGAGACGGAGGACGUUUCAGUGACUCUGAGCACCCUGUGCACAGUGAAACCGCCUCACCAGCCAGAGAACAUGUCAUUAGCCUUGAAAGAGGUGGGGCUGAUCGGAGAGUCAAAAGCCAGAGUCUUUCUGAAAAGGGACUCUCAAGCAGCAGCUUUUCCUCUGCAGGAGAGCGGAAACGCAAAGCAGGCGACGGUGGCAAAGCGCCUGCCAAGAGAGAACGCUCUGAAAGCAGCUCUAAAGGAGCGCAGCAGUCCAAACCCGAUGGCACCAAACUCAUCUUGGCAUGGCGUGGCAUGCUGCUCCUAAAAAACAGCAACUUCCCAGCCAGCAUGCACCUCCUGGAAGGUGACUACGGCGUUGCCAGCGACCUGCUCGUCGACAGCACAACCGGCAGGCAGGUGAGCGAGCUAAAGAUCACACAGCGACUCCGCCUGGACCAGCCGAAGCUCGACGAGGUGUCUCGGCGCAUCAAAGUCGCGGGUCCCGGCGGCUACGCCAUCCUGCUGGCAGUUCCUGGAAGCACAGAGGACACAUCUUCAUCUGACCCUGCGGCCUCAACUCAGCGGCCCCUUCGCAACCUGGUGUCCUACCUCAACCAAAAACAAGCAGCUGGGGUCAUCAGCCUGCCUGUGGGAGGGAGCAGAGAUAAAGACAACACGGGGGUUCUUCAUGCUUUCCCCCCCUGUGAUUUCUCCCAGCAGUUCCUGGAUUCCUCUGCAAAAGCUCUGGCAAAAAGUGAAGAAGACUAUCUGGUCAUGAUUGUGGUUCGUGGAGCAUCUUAAAAAAAAAAAAAGAAAAGAAAAAAAAAGAAAAAAAAGUGCACUAUGUUCAAGUGGAAUAUAAGAAAAAAGUCUGCUGUAUGUCAGUAAUUAUUGCAUGCUGUGUUCUGCAUUGUGGGGUACACUAGUAUGGUUCUUGAGUGUUUGUAAGUUGCCAUGUAAUUCACUAAAGACAUGGUGCCCUGCUACAAAACUAAAAGGUUAAAAAUAACUUGAGUGAAUUUGAUCAGUCACAAAUCUAAACUUCCUUGUGAAAUGGUUCGUUAGAAAUCGAAAACUUGGGAUUUAUUAGUUAAAAAAGAGAAAAACUUCAGAGCCCUAUGCGAUAAAGAAUCACAUUAUUUUAUUUUAAGCUUUUAUUACAUCAUUUUUUUGUUCCUGAUAUAUUGCAUUACCUCAGCCUGUACUGGAGGUGUUUCUGUGACAGUAAUUUGCAGGAAAAAAAAGCAAAAAAAAAAAAAAACCUUCCUGCCUUGAUCUAAAGUGCAGUAAUUUGUCAUCUUUUUUCUUUGAACUCAAAGUUUUUGAGAAAAUGAAAAAGAAGGGGUUCUAUUCACUGUUAAACAUGUCAAUAAUCUGUAUUUUGGUUUUUAAAGGGAGAUUUGAUGUCCCAAUAAGGUUAAAACACAUCACACAACUCCAUAAACAAACAGCAUCCGAUGACUUGGCAGUGGUUUCUUGUUAAAAUGACAACAUUUGUGUUCAAAGUUGGAGAAAGGAGUUGUGCUCUGUGUUUUACCUCGGUUCUACAGUUAAAGUUAAUUUGGAUAAAGGUCAAAUAUAUUUCAGUUAGUUUUGUGAACUUUUGCUGAAAAAAAAAAUCAGGUUUUGUUGAAUUAAUUGAAUUGUUUUUUUUGUUGCCGAAAUGUAGCAGAACUGGGAGGCUAAUAUCUGUGUGGACAGCUAAACACUAACAUUUCAACAGUUUUCUUGCCCAGGGAACAGCCCAUAAUAUGCAAAAUGAAUGAAUGCAAAAACUUACAUUUCAGUUUUAGAAUUUUUUCUUUCUAACCAUUUUGUUUUAAUAACAUUUAAUUUAGUGCACCCCUUUUUUUUUACCCCACAUGGAUGCUUCCAGAAGUUACAGUAGAGUGGAGCAGGAUAGCUGGAAGGUUAAUGUAUGAAAGUCAGGCAUUUACUUCCUGUAAACAAUCAAAAUCCGUGACAUGCUGGUAUAGAGGGAGAAGCCUGGUAUUUUUUACCACCAGUAGGUCCGUGCAGUUUUAUGGUUUUAGAUGUACAUUAGCAGUAAAUGUUAAAUUUUAGAGCUCUUUAAGUAUUUCUACUUAUGCUUGCCAAUAUUUCCCCCAAAGUCUGCUGACCCUAUAAACUCCAGUAUGUUUGUCAUGCAGUAGUUACUCUGUAAAAUGAUAAUUUGCUGACUUUUGGUUUCAUGUGUACCGAAAAAAACAAUGUGUGGCAGACUGGUUGUACAUGUGAACAACAGACCCGCGGAAACCGCCGGACUCCUGUGGAGACGAGCUGCAAGACUCUGCAGAAAGAAGCGGCACCCUAGUGUUUGUGAGUCCUCACUGACGAGGCAGCUUUUAAGUUGUGUAGCCCAUCUGCACCUGUGAUGACUUCUGUUUUUAAGUGGAAAAAUUGAGCAAUGUACGCUGUGUCGUGGAAAAGGAUGAUCCGUUGUGCCCAUGCCAAGCUAUUGACAUACCUGCAAGUGCGUUUGGGCCCUUAAUGUGACAGAUUAUCAAUAAAUUGUUCAUUUGAA